GACCACGAGGGCCGGCCACCCUUCUUCAAACAAAGAAUUCCCAACUGGCCAACGGGCCUUCCGUUUCGGCGUGCUUCUGUCUGGAAAGUGACAUCUCGCGUCAGCUCCCAUAAAGAAAAACGUCAGCGACAGGGGCAGCGUUUGUUGAUAUUCCGGGCACAUUGGCCGGCUUUCGACGACACAAGUACCCGACACUCUGCCGACCGAGCUAGGCUACUUCUUGCUCUCAGCAAGCUGCAACAUUCAGCUCAGCAGUUGCCAACUUGUACUACCGGCUGUCGCAUCGAGAAAGCACCGCAAGCUCAAGACAACGUGCAACCAUGAGUAACGCGCAGAAUAGAGGUGGAGCUCGGAAGAUUUCCUUCAAUGUCAGCGAGCAGUAUGACAUCCAGGAUGUCGUCGGCGAAGGUGCAUAUGGAGUCGUGUGUUCCGCGAUCCACAAGCCCUCCGGACAGAAGGUUGCCAUCAAGAAGAUCACCCCAUUCGAUCAUUCCAUGUUUUGUCUGCGGACACUGCGCGAGAUGAAGCUGUUGCGGUAUUUCAACCAUGAGAACAUCAUCUCGAUCCUUGAUAUCCAGAAGCCUCGGAGUUAUGAAACCUUCAACGAGGUUUAUUUGAUCCAGGAGCUCAUGGAAACCGACAUGCAUCGCGUGAUCCGUACUCAAGAACUCUCGGACGAUCACUGCCAGUAUUUCAUCUACCAGACCCUGCGCGCUCUCAAGGCGAUGCACUCAGCCAACGUGCUCCAUCGCGAUCUGAAGCCGUCCAACUUAUUGUUGAACGCUAAUUGCGAUCUCAAAGUUUGCGACUUUGGGCUGGCCAGGUCGGCGGCGUCACAGGAGGACAAUUCGGGCUUCAUGACGGAAUACGUGGCCACCCGUUGGUAUCGUGCCCCCGAGAUCAUGUUGACCUUCAAGGAGUACACCAAGGCGAUCGAUGUCUGGUCGGUCGGCUGCAUUCUUGCAGAAAUGCUUAGCGGCAAGCCACUGUUCCCUGGCAAGGACUACCAUCACCAACUCACCUUGAUCCUGGACGUCCUGGGAACGCCGACGAUGGAGGACUACUACGGCAUCAAGUCACGCCGCGCGCGAGAGUACAUCCGCUCACUGCCUUUCAAGAAGAAAGUGCCCUUCCGGACACUGUUCCCGAACACGUCAGAACUGGCUCUCGACCUUCUUGAGAAGCUCCUCGCCUUCAACCCCGUCAAACGUAUCACGGUGGAAGAGGCGCUCAAGCACCCGUACCUCGAGCCCUACCAUGACCCGGAUGACGAGCCAACGGCCCCGCCUAUCCCUGAGGAAUUCUUUGACUUUGACAAGCACAAGGAUAAUCUCAGCAAGGAGCAGCUGAAGCAGCUGAUUUACCAGGAGAUUAUGAGGUGAGAGUCGCGGUGGCAUUGUCUCAGUUACGAGCAAGGAACAUGUCUCAUGAGGCGGGCUGAGGUCCUUCAUAUCGGGUCAUCGUUUCUCGAUUUUUCUUUCUCACCUUCAGGAUGUAGAGGACGGUGGCGGGAUAAGCAGGGAAAUGAGUAGUCGAAAGUUUUACGCAUGGGAGACCUGAAGCCUUGGUUUGCACCACCCGACAGAUGGAUGGCAACGUUGUGCCUCUUCUAUCAUGAAUAUAUGUAGGCCGUCGCCUCAAGGGAAG